AACACUUCCAAAGGCAGCACUAUUUAACUUUCUAAAUCUCAGAGGAGGAAGUCCAAACAACCAACCGUCAUGGAAGCCAUCAAGAAGAAGAUGCAGAUGCUGAAGCUGGAUAAGGAGAAUGCCAUCGACCGGGCAGAACAGGCGGAGACAGAUAUGAAGGCAGCGGAGGAAAAAUGCAAGCAGCUGGAGGAGGAGUUGCUGGACCUCCAGAAGAAAAUGAAGCAGACGGAGGAUGAACUGGACAAAUUCUCUGAAGGCCUGAAAGAUGCCCAGGAAAAACUGGAACUGUCUGAGAAGACAGCUGCUGAUCAAGGAACCUAA